GACUGCCUGCGAUUUGACUCAGGUUUAAAAGCCCCAAACAGCAGCCACAGGUCAGAGCGCAACGAUUUCUCUGUGUUCGUCAGUGAUUGGAGGGACACUUUACAGCCCCUCUGGCACUGAAUCUGCGAGGGCGCACACAGGGGCAGUGCCAUGCACACUCCUGCGUACGCGCUGCUGCUGAGCGGAGGAAACCAGUCAGUGGUUGUUACUCCUCCGACUGAUGACCUGACCAUGGGGGCGCUCGGAAACGACUCGAGGAGUCCAAAUGGAUCGGAUCCGUUCGCGAGAAACGAGGACGUGGCCCAGAUGGAGAUCAUGGUUCUGAGCAUCACCUUCGUGGUCGCGGUGAUUGGCAACGUGAGCGUCCUUCUGGCCAUGCACAACACCAAGAAGAAGAUGUCGCGCAUGCACCUCUUCAUCAAGCACCUCAGCCUGGCCGACCUGGUGGUCGCCUUCUUCCAGGUGCUGCCGCAGCUCUGCUGGGAGAUCACCUUUCGCUUCUACGGCCCGGACUUCCUCUGCAGGAUCGUGAAGCACCUCCAGGUGAUGGGGAUGUUUGCCUCCACCUACAUGAUGGUGAUGAUGACCCUGGACCGUUACAUCGCCAUCUGCCAUCCCCUGAAAACUCUCCAGCAGUCCACCAAGCGCUCAUACAUCAUGAUUCUCUCCACGUGGGUCUGCAGCCUGGUGCUCAGUACUCCACAGUACUUCAUCUUCUCCCUCAGUGAGAUCCAGAACGGCACGCGCAUCUACGACUGCUGGGCGAACUUCGUCGAACCCUGGGGCGCCAAGGCGUACAUCACCUGGAUCACCGGGGGCAUCUUUUUGGUCCCGGUGGUCAUCCUGGUGCUGUGCUACGGCUUCAUCUGCCACACCAUUUGGAGAAACAUCAAGUACAAGAAAAGGAAGACGACGUCUGGUGCUGCUGCCAAGAAAGGACUGAUCGGGAAGAAUUCGGUCAGCAGCGUCACAACCAUAUCAAGGGCAAAGCUGAGGACCGUGAAGAUGACUUUUGUCAUCGUUUUGGCGUACAUCAUAUGCUGGGCGCCGUUUUUCACGGUUCAGAUGUUGUCAGUGUGGGACCCGAGCUUCCAGUGGGCUGAUUCCGAAAACACAGCAGUGACUCUGUCUGCGCUCCUGGCCAGUCUCAACAGCUGCUGUAACCCCUGGAUAUACAUGAUCUUCAGUGGCCACCUUCUGCAGGAUUUCGUGUACUGCUUCAGGUGCUGCCAUAAAACCAAGACAGACUCCAAAAAGGAGGACUCGGACAGUAGCAUUCGCAGAAGCACGCUAUUGACUAAAAUGGCCAACCGCAGCCCCUCGGGCAGCACUGGGAACUGGAGGGAACUGGACAACUCUCUCAAGUCCUCCAUUCAGACGGAGUAAAAAAAA